AUGGCACUCCAAGAAGCUAGCGAAGCGUACCUGGUCGGACUAUUCGAGGAUACGAACUUGUGCGCGAUCCACGCUAAGCGAGUAACGAUCAUGCGAAAGAUAUACAGCUGGCAAGACGUAUUAGGGGCGAACGUGCCUAAUGGAAUUGACGGAUUUACUAUUGCCGGAAAGAGAGAGAGAGAGAGAGAGAGAGAGUACGGCGUGCGAUAA